AUGCCUCAAACUCCCACGUCGAAUGUUGAAAAGGCCCAGACGCUGAUUGCGGCCGCGAAACAACCGCCACAGGACCCAAGAAAUACGCAGAAACAAACUGCCAAGCCAGCUCAGUACCCUUCGCAAGCCCAGGCUAACGCUUCCCUGCAAAACGGGGUGUCACAAGCUCCCGCACCAGCAGACUUCACUUCAUACGCAAACGUCCAACAGAAACAGAGGGAAACCGUCCAAAGCUACUCCAGACGCCUGCAAGCCUCAGCUCCCUUUAACAAGGCACUUGGACUCAAUGAUCAGAUGGGCUUUCUGAAAAAGGGAGUGGUCUCAUCUAUCCGAAACCGAGCACAUCGCCCAUUCUCUUACUACAAAACCUAUGAUGAGUACGUUACCUACCUGCAGGAUAUCGAGGAUACCCUCCCGCAGCGACUAGCGGAGCUAAAUGGGGAACCUCUGCAAGGCCAAUCCAAGCCUGGGUCUAGCCGAGGUCCCAUUUCGGACGAAAAGAAUGGUAGCCAGAUAUCUCAACUCUCACCAUCGAGCGGCCCUAGGGGGCGCUCACCUGCCCGUGCAGCGAAAGCUCAAGGCAAAAAUCAUCAGGUUCCCCACGACUUACCAGCCCGAGCGGAGAAUGGCCCGACAUCCCCAACUGCGCGCAAAUCAGUGCCGCAUAGAAUGUCGUCGCCGGUUCCACCGGAGCCAGCAGUCAAAUCUACCGAUGGCAGAGACUGGUGGGCCUGCCGGAACUUCAUUGGCGCUUUGGAGACUCACUUCAAAAAAUACCAUCAAUACUACACCGAGGAACGAAAGGUAGCCACCGGUCGGCGUUACAUUGACUCCUCUCUGAGGGGGAAUUGA